GCCCUUAGUCAUCCCGUCAUUAAAACACUGAACGGGAUAUCUGAAACACCUCAAAAAGACCACAUGGGAUUGUUAUCGGAAUGGCAAAAUUGCAUAUUUUCUUUGGAUAUAUCGUAUUAAUAAUGACGCACAGUGUGAGCUGGGAAAAUCUAUAUUCCAGUAGGAAUGUUCAAGAGUUGGAAAAUAUCAAGGACCUGAUCCAGCGGCUCGAGGACAAGUUGACGGUUAACGAGGAAAAUGACGUUUAUCCGUCAGAGUCUGAGGACGUGGACGCAGCCGAUAUGGAGGAUAUUGAGAACUCGCCCGCGGCGAUCCGGGGGCAGAAGGAGAGAAUGGUAAUCAACGCAGCCAAAAUAAUUGCCCCCGAAAGCCCUGUGGUGUCACGUCUGAAAGAUCUAAUCGGUUUGAGGAGGACGGCCAAAUCGUUCAACAGCUGUUUCGGUAACCGGAUUGAGAGAAUCGGCUCGUGGAGCGGACUGGGAUGCAAUAACGUCAAGACUGGUAUAUUUGAAGGCAAUUAUUUGAGUGGAAUGCCUUUAAAAACGUACAAAUAAGCACAAGAAUGUAGUAUCAUGUCAAUUUGUGUGCAAAAUGUCCAUACUUUGGGGCUAAAAGGUAUGCGUAAAAUGUAUUGGCUUUACGCACGAAUUGAUUUUACGCAUAGCUCUGUCUAUUGUAAGACAUAACAUAAAGGUUGUUGCAAGAUCACACACACAUCGAUAUUAACUCCAUUACAUUAUUAUGAUCAAGAAAGGGCUGUAUAUUCAUUAUUCAUUGAUAUCAUGUUGGGCUAUGACUUGAACUUCUGCAUGGUGACGUUUGACAACAAUAUAACCACAAAAAGAUGAAAUUAAUCAGUUGAUUAUUAUAUGAUUUUAAUUUGUAUUUGCAGGUAACAAGAAGAUAAUAUCAGGGAACUGAAAGAACAUUGUAGGCCUACCCAUUCAUGGACGUAAAAAAAAAACUGCGUCAUGUCUGACCUCCGUGGAACUCUCCCUGGCAUUCUGGAGAAUGCAUUUUUUCCCCUUCAAACAAUAGUCCUAAACUGAGAAAUGUGUAUUUCACAAACGAAUUUAUACUAAAUAAUUUCGAUAUUAAAACAUGCUAAAUUACAUCUCUUAAUUUCUGUGUUGGUUGGUUUCUAGACUGUCAGUGACAAUUGGACAUGCAUAUUGUAUUUCUACCACGAAAAGGACAAUUUGAUUGCUAAUCGCACUCUACAGAAAUGCCUAAUACACGCAUUUGUUAUGUGUUGAACGCCUGUACAGUAUUGUUCACUUGUGCGUAUUUAAUCGAUGUAUAUGUUUGAUCAUGUUGUGAGAUGGCAUUAUUUGUAAUAAAUUAUUAGAUGUGGAA